AUGAGAGAUUCAAUACACUUUUUAUGGAUUGAUGAUAACCGAUUCAAGGUGAUAAUGGUUGUGAUGAUGACGAUCGUAUCAUGGAAAUGUGUUUUGGCAUUGGAGAACAUAAAUCCGAUAUUCUUCGACGAAGGUCUUUCUCAUUUGUUUGGUGAAGGUAAUCUCAUCCGAUCUCCCGAUGAUCGUAGCGUUCGAUUACUCCUCGACAAAUACACCGGGUCAGGAUUCAUCUCUUCAAGCAUGUAUCAACAUGGGUUUUUCAGUUCGUUGAUAAAGUUGCCGGGAGCUUACACGGCUGGUAUUGUCGUCGCCUUCUAUACAUCAAACGGCGAUGUGUUUGUGAAGAAUCACGACGAACUAGACAUAGAGUUUUUAGGGAACGUUGAAGGAAAGCCAUGGCGGUUUCAGACAAAUAUGUAUGGAAACGGUAGCACAAACCGCGGCCGCGAAGAACGCUACCGUCUUUGGUUUGAUCCUUCCAAGGAGUUUCACCGUUAUAGCAUCCUUUGGACUCCUACCAAAAUUAUAUUUUGGGUAGACGAUGUACCAAUAAGAGAAAUCAUAAGAAAAGAAGAAAUGGAAGGAGACUAUCCACAAAAGCCAAUGUCUCUCUACGCAACCAUUUGGGACGCCUCAAGUUGGGCUACCAACGGCGGAAAGUUUGCCGUCGAUUACACAUUUUCGCCUUUCGUCUCCGAAUUCAAAGACAUUGCUCUCGAUGGUUGUAAUGUCACCGACUCAUUCCCCUCCGCCACCGGAAAAAACAACAACAACUACAUCAACGUCGGUUAUAAUCACACCAAUUGUUCUGUCUCCGACGAGUUUCUCAUGACCAACGAUUACUCAACCAUUAACCCUAAACAAGCAGCCGCAAUGAGACGGUUCCGGGAACGUUAUAUGUAUUAUUCUUAUUGUUAUGACACUGUACGGUACGCCGUGCCUCCGCCGGAAUGUGUGAUUGUGACAGCUGAGAAGGACCGGUUUAAGGAUACCGGACGGUUAAAGUUUGGUGGUAGUCAUUCUAAAGUGCAUAGACCACGAAAACGACGGAGGCGGAAUCGGUCCACGCCGGUGGUAUCGGCUGAUGAUCUAUAG